UUUAGUCGCGCAUGGAUGGAGACAAGAGCUACGAUCACGUGAAGGCUUUGGUGAGCAGCAUUCACGGAUCGUUCACCGAUGCGACGCUGCUGGAUCGCACAAAUAACAACAGCCCGUCCGGGUUGCGUACCACAGCGACCACACCGUCACCUUCGCCAUCACCUUCGCCGGACGUGCUCCGGACGACUACCGAGGAUGACUCGCAAAGCCAAACCGCUACCUGCCCAGCCGAUGGUCAGGAACGGGCGGCGGCCGAUGGUGCGGCCGCACCCGCCCCAACGGCACCAUCGGAAACGAUGCCCGCCCUGUCCGGUAACAGCCACAGUACGCCGACGCGAUUGCUCCAGCACCGGCUGCGCAUACCGUCGCUGGUCGUAACAAGCUCGCUUUCGCCUUACCAUCCAAGCAAUCUGCUCGCCGCCAGCGCUGACCCUGACCAUACGACGCCCAGGCGGUUCAGUUUUGCGAUCAUGAGACGCCACUCCAAUACGGCACUGAAUCGGUGCGAUUCGAUGGGAUCGUUGGGCCACCGUUCGCUCCUACAGUACCUGGAAACGGAUGAUCUAGCUGGACUAAAAUCAUUCCUCGGCACCCGCCACCUGCAGGCCGACGAUCGAGAUGAGAACAACACAACAGUGCUGAUGGUCGCUAGUGGCCGUGGUGCGUCCCAUUUCGUGAAGGAACUGCUGUCCCGGGGAGCCGAUGUGCAGGCACAGGAUCUAGACAACUGGACGGCGUUACACUUUGCGGCCAAGGCCGGUCACGUCGGAAUCGUCGAGAUACUGCUAGACAAUGGAGCGGAUUUGGAGCACCGGGAUAUGGGCGGAUGGACUGCGCUUAUGUGGGGCUCGUACAAGGGUCACACCAGUGUGGUGGCGCUACUGUUACAGCGUGGUGCCGACGUGCAGGCACACGGCAACUACCAUCUUAAUCCGCUGUUAUGGGCAUCCGGUCGGGGCCAUACGGAAAUCGUGCGGCUAUUGGUUAACACGGGCGGUGCGAAGGUGAAUGUAGGUGAUAAGUACGGUACUACGCCACUGGUAUGGGCCUGCCGAAAGGGAAGCACGGAAAUAGUGGACGUUCUGCUGAAAGCGGGCGCCAAUGUCGACACGGCGGGCAUGUACUCGUGGACACCGCUACUGGUUGCCGUCAGUGGCGGCUUUCAGGAAUGCGUUUCCCUGCUGCUCGAACGCAAACCGAACGUAAACGCGCUCGACAAAGACGGCAUGACGGCGUUAUCGAUCGCGUGCCGCGAAGGGCUAACCGAGAUAGCGUCCGCACUGAUCGCAGCUGGCGCGUACCUCAACGUACAGGAUCGUGCCGGUGAUACGCCGCUAAUCAAUGCUGUCAAGGGCGGUCACCGGAGCGUGGUAGAGAUUUUGAUGAAGCGCCACGUGGACGUGGAUAUACAGGGAAAGGACAAGAAGACUGCACUGUACACGGCCGUUGAGAAGGGCCACACGGCGAUCGUGAAGUUGAUACUGCAGUCCAACCCGGACUUGGAGCUAUCUACCAAAGACGGUGAUACGGCACUGUUACGGGCAGUGCGCAACCGCAACCUGGAGAUUGUGCAGAUGUUGCUGGAACGUAAGGCCAAGGUGGGCGCUACGGACAAGCGGGGCGACACCUGCCUCCACGUAGCCAUGCGAGCACGCUCGAAAGCAAUCGUGGAAGCGCUGCUGAGCAAUCCGAAGUACGGUCAGCUGCUUUACCGUUCGAACAAGGAAGGUGAAACACCGUACGCCAUUGAUGCGACUCAUCAGAAAACGAUCCUUGGCCAGGUGUUCGGCAACCGGAGACUGAACGCAAACGAAGACUCGGAGGGUAUGCUAGGGUACGGGCUGUACUCAUCCGCGCUAGCUGAUGUGCUGAGUGAACCGACCCUUACCACACCAAUAACGGUUGGACUGUACGCGAAAUGGGGCAGUGGUAAGAGCUUUCUGCUGACAGAGCUGCGCGACGAGAUGAAGAACUUUGCCCACUCGUGGUCGGAAAAGCCGAUCGACGCGUCGUGGCUGUUCUUUCUCAUUAGUCUCCAUCUGGUGCUGGUGAUCGGUACCGUGGUCGGGCUGGCCACGUGGAGCUAUGUGUGGGGCAUCGUUACCGGUGUCGUUCUGCUGGUGCUGAUCUACUUUACGGACCAUCUGUUCAAGUUCCUCGAUCGUCGGUACGAUCUCGAAUGGCUGUACACGCUCAACUAUGGACUGUCGCGCAAGCUCGGUCGGCUACAGUUGAUACUGCAGGUCGCAUUCUGUCAUCCACCUGGGCCACAGAGUGAUCAGCAACCGAUGCCGGUACGGUUUCACUUUGCCGAGGCGAGCGGUGCUGCACCGAACGGCGAUGCAGCGGUGGCACUAAUGCUGGCUUCGCUGUUUGACGCAAUAGAGGCACACUAUGGGUCGCUGGCGACCGGGCUUUAUCGUGCCUUUCGACCGAAACCUUUAAAAGCUUCCGGUGGAUGGAAAUGGCGCAAAAUGUGCUGCAUGCCGGUGGUGCUAAUGUUCGAGCUGGGCACGUUGGGCAUCCUCGCGACCGCUUCCCUCUCGAUCGUGUACUCAGAGUACGGUGUGGAGGGCCGGGAAGAGAUAGCGGUUGCCAUCUACAUCCUGCUCGGCAUACUGCUAGCCGGUGCUAUCGCUAACCUGCACGCCUGGUCGAAGCUGAUUGGUGCCUUGUUUAUGUCGCAGGGCAAACACCUUAAGCGUGCCUUCAACAGUAACGAAGCGGCCCCACUAACGGCGCUUGGUGCCGAGGUGAGCCUGAUGACGGAUAUGGUGCGCUGUCUGGAUGCGUUUACCGGCCAGCAAAGCCGGCUGGUCGGGGUGGUCGAUGCGCUGGAUUCUUGUGAUACCGAGCGUACCCUUACCAUACUGAAUGCUGUGCAGACGCUGCUGUCUGCUCCCCAGCGUCCGUUUGUGCUGCUACUAGCGGUUGAUCCUCACGUUAUUGCUAAAGCGGCCGAAGCAAAUAGUAGGCGAUUGUUUACGGAGGGUGGUAUAGGAGGGCAUGACUUUCUGCGCAAUCUAGUGCAUCUGCCAGUGUAUCUACAGAACUCAGGACUGCGAAAGGUGCAGCGGGCACAGAACACGGCAAUGUCGGCUUACCGGCGAGCGAUGCCCGAUCUGAGCCGGGAUGAUGAUCAGCCGCAUCUGGGUCACUCGGCAUCGGCUAGACGAUUAUCUAAUGCAUCGGAAAUUAUGUCAUCGCAGGAGAAGCUACGCGCGAUGCCGAGUUCGUCGCGCGGUGGAAGCAAGAAGCUGCGCGUCUCCGAUUCGAUCGCCAGCUCGAUCGGAUCCAAUCUGCACAAGCUCGGCCAGAAUCCGCCGGUCGAUCUGUCGAAAAUUAUUCUCACCGAUGACUACUUUAGCGAUGUUAACCCGCGAAGCAUGAGGAGACUGAUGAACGUUAUUUAUAUCACUGUUCGAUUGCUGAAGGCGUUUCAGAUAGAUUUCAGCUGGUAUCGGUUAAGUUCGUGGAUCAAUCUCACAGAACAGUGGCCAUUGCGUGCUAGCAUGAUCGUGCUGGAACACGACCAAGCCGGGGACGGUUUUGAUGACUCGGUCUCACUGCAAGCUGUGUACGAUAAAGUGCGACCUAAGUUGACGUGCCUACGGGAAGCAGCAGCCCUGCUCGAUCUGGAUCGUGACGAACGUAAACUGGACGCGUUCCUGCAACUUCAUAAGUCCGAUCUGCUGGUAUCUGAUCUGCGCAUCUUUCUCCCGUUCACCAUCAACCUUGAUCCUUACCUCCGGAAAGUACUUAAAGAGGAUCAGCAAGCGCUGGAAGACGAAGGAAUUAUCAUCCCCAUGAAGACCGUGCUGCCACCGAGCAAACCGACCGGCUUCCUGCCCCAUCAUCAUCGUGCUCAGGGAGGCGGCGUACUGCAACCGACUCCACAACAUCCCAACAAUCUGACCAACUGGCCAAACUUCUACAACCCGCAACCGCAGGCGAUGGCGCUGAUGAGUUAUUACAAUCAAAAUUGGGCCAACUUCUUUAACUCCAGCUCGAAUGCGCUUAUGGGCGGUGAGCCGAUGAACAAACCGGGUUCUGGUGCUGUUGGCGGUGGGUCCAUGAUUACGGAGCACGAUCCAACGCAUUCCACAAUGGCCGGUGCAGGUGGCACAGGUCGAAGUAAGAGUACAAGCAGCAACAGCAACAACAAUCACAAAUCCUCGAACGGACUGCCGACCUCUCCACCGAUCGAUAUCGAUCUGUCGAACGUGCAGCUCUCCAGCCUAACGGUGGAGCAGUUGAUCGAUCUGCUCGGCCAGGUAAAUGAUCUGAAACCGGCAAUGGACCGUACGGCACCGAUUCUACGCGAAAACGCCAUUUCCGGCCGAGUGCUGAUGUACUGCAACCUGGAGGAAUUGAAAACGGUGCUAAACCUUAGCUUUGGCCAUUGGGAGAUGUUUAAAAUGUUGGUCGCGGCUUUGCGGGACUCGAGCGUUACGCAAACAACGGGAAGCAGAAAGCAUUCGAAAACUACAUCAUUCGCGAAGGGUACGAACGAGUCGGUGGAGUUGCAGGAACCGAUUGCUCAAUCGACACCACCGUUCGGGUCGGCCUCGAGCAGCUUCCAACCGAUACGGCAGAAGUCACAGAAUCUGCUGGAAAAACAGCCAGCAAAAGUGCAUGAUUACGAGUAUCUGCAGGUAACGCUCGAGGAGCAGAUGAUCUGUGGCGCACUGCAAACACUGAACGAGGACGCGUUCGAGGAUGUGGUCAGCAGCAGCGAACGGCCGAGCCCAACCGGUGAGAUGUUUAGCCAGUACCUGGCACCAAUAAGGGAAAGCUCGGAAAUCGGUUCACCGCCUCGCCUCACUUACAACCUUACUAACCCAAACCUGACCGAUCUUGCCACCAGCAACGGUACGCUGAACGGGGACGACAGUGGUGUGCAGCAUCUGGGCCCCACGCCACGGUCCGGGUCUGGCCGGCACAGUCGCUCCCACAGCUUGCAUGACGAUGCAUCGCUGACCAGCAUUGUGGUCAUACCUCCCUUCCUUAACACGUCUCCCAGCACCACCGGCAACAUCAACGACACCAAGCUCUAAUUUCUGUUUUUUUAUCGCGCCCCCUACGGUGAA